AUGGAAUUCCCCUUUCUCCCACUCAAGGAUGGCAACUCCAUUCCGUUGAUGGGCUUUGGUAUAGGUACUGCGCGGUACAAAGAGGACCCUGAAAACCCUUUGACCCGAGAUCUUUUCGACAUCUUGAAGGCAACUAUUGAGCGGCAUUUUCGUCAUAUCGACGUUUCUAAUGCUUACGGCACGGAGAAAGAGCUGGACUAUGUGGACUUAUACUUGCUCCAUUCACCCUAUCUCGCAAAAAAGCCUUCCAGUCUUCAACAAAUCUCGCUCUCGGUGGAGCAGGUAAAAGCCUCUGGAAGGGGCAAAUAUUUUAGAGUAUCAAAUCACCAGCGUCCGCACAUCGAAGAGAUACUAAAAGUCGCCACCAUCAUGCCUGUCCUCAAUCAAUUAGAAUUCCAUUCUUACCUACAGUGCGCCCACGAGUACCUCCCCUGGAGACGGGCGUAUGGGGUCGAGGUGACGGGUUUCAACGGGUUGACACCAAUCACCAAGGCACGGCCCGGGCCUCUCGACGACAUAAUUGCAGAGAUUGCAGCCCGACAUCAGGUUCCUGGGAACGCUGUACUGAUUAGCUGGCAGAUUGCUCAGAACGUUGUGGUGACGACAACGACGACAAAGUUUGGUCGACUGGAGGAUUGUGCUGUAGCUGUGCAACCGAAGUUAUCGAGGGAGGAACAGGAGAAAAUCACACAGGUUGGAUUGACGCAUCAUUUCAGAGCUUGA